UUUAAAAAAAAAACUAUUGCAAGUAAAUCUUUGGAUAAGAUAUGCGUCUUCUCAAAUCUCAACGCCGCUCAUUUCUCUAACAAUAUCGCAGUCCUCCAAAGCUCUCGCUGUUACCCUCACGGUUUGAUGGAUCAGGCUACAGUCUACACAAGGGAAAGAAGUUAGGCUCUACGCCGUCGCACAAGGCAGAGAGGUCCGCCAUGGCUGUUUCAUUGAUUUCCGCUCUGAGUUUCAGCCCAAUCAUGCAGGUAAAGCGAAUAUCUGUCCAUAAGUCUCUCCCCUUUACUUGUCCCUCACAUAAGGUGUGGUUUGGUAAGGAGGAAAAGGAAAAUAAGUGGAAUUUAAAUCCCUUAGUUGCAAAUAGCGAUCAUUCAUCUGGGGAUGAGAAACCAAGAGCCACCAAGAUGGAAGAGGACGCAUCUUCUGAUAUUGCCAAACCGUCAUUUAGAAGGUCAUCUCUAACAGCCAGAGAAAAGCUAAGGGCUGCUCGUGUUCUCAACCGUUACAAUGAACCAAACACCGCCUCUAAACCAAAGGUGGGAAACCAACUGUUUGACGUUUUACGUGAGUCUGAAAAGGGGAAGAAGAAAGGCCUUCCAGCGGCACCUAAUAACAUGUUAGAUGAUAGCAAACGCGGGCUUCCGAAAGCGGGGUUGACUUUUGACUUUCCAGGAGGAUCUGAUGUGUUCCUUAUUGUGUUUUCGUUUGUCUUUAUCAGCACGCUUAUGUUUGCGACAACUUACGUUGUUUGGAAAAUGGGUGCCAUUCAUUUCAAUGAAUACUAGGUAUGGUGGUUUAUACAUAGGUAGGUAUCCUUUUCCCUGUCUCUAUUAUCUAUUUAGCAACAAGAUACAUUGCUUGGGAAAUGGGUAACAAUUAUACUGUAUAGUGUGUAUGUCAUGUUUAGCUAAAGGAUAUGAUAGGGCCCUGGGCUGUAGAGAAUAAUAAUAAUAAUAAUAAUAAUAGUGAUAGAUUGAUAUUAAAUAAGUAUGGUAUUGUUUAAAUAUGUAUUCUGGGCCAUGUCAUAUAAUAUGGGCUGGCCCGUUAGAAUAGAAGUUGGCCUGUUUGUUUGGGGGUUAACCUAGGUUAUUGAAGGUUCAAUUUCUAGUUAAUCC